AUGAAGCUUCUGAAUGCUGCUGUAUUCUUUAUUCUUGUGCCCACUUUGAUGCCGGCUUUGGACCCUCUCAGCACUUCAAUCUUCAUGGGCGGUGCUGCUGUCGCUUGGCAGCUCCUCUGCCCUCACUCCUGGCUCAGGUGCAGUCUCUUGGAAUGCUGCAAUAUGAAGGACUCACUGAAUUUAUCAGCUAUGAAGAUGGAUUUGGAGCAAAAAGUCUUUGGCCAGCAUCUUGCUAUCCAGAUAGUUCUGAAAGCUCUGAGCGCAAAUUCGUACUUCAAACAGCCCAGGAAGCCCCUGGUGAUGUCCUUCCAUGGCUGGACUGGAACAGGAAAAUCAUUUGUCAGCAGUAUCAUUGCAGAGAACCUCUAUCAGCUUAAUAUACCACGAAGGCGGUUUGUGCACCACUUCAGCACAAUACUGCAUUUCCCACACCUUUCACAUGUCCAUCUCUAUAAGGAGCAGCUGCAGAAUUGGAUUCGGGGCAAUGUCAGUGCCUGUCCAAGGUCCCUUUUUAUCUUCUCUGAAAUGGAUCAGAUGCCGCAUGGCCUGAUAGACUCUAUCAUGCCAUUCCUUGGCUACCGUGAAGAGAUUGGUGGUGUUUAUUAUGGCAAGGCGAUAUUCCUCUUUCUGAA